AUGCCGCCUGCGCAGGGACCCGGAGCGCCCACGUCCGGCCGUCAUGGUCGGCCGCCAGGCAGCUUCUCGCCGCUGACGUCGGCCUCCAACACCACUGCGUCUCCGUCGGCCUCAUCCUCUGCCGCCGCCGCCAGCGCCGCCCUACACAACAGGCAGCAGCAGCAGCAGCAGCAGCAGCAGCAGCAACAGAAACAACAGCGUCCCGUCUCGCUCUCCCGUCGACCGCCGCCGCCUCUCCGGCUCGAUUCGUCCUUCUCCGAAGAGAGCGCCAGUAACGCUGCCGCCACCGCCGCCGCCCUCUCCUCGACCGGGGCGCCCUCGAUCACUGUCAACAAGCCGCGCCAGCGAGUCGCCUCGCCGGCUACACCCAUAUACUCCCAGUUCACCUCGCACACCAAUAACAGCAGCUCCAGUCUGGCCAGCUUCUCUUUCUCGCGCCCGAAUCCCGGCUCACCGCGCGUCGUCACCCACGGCUCGCCGUCCACACAGCACAAGACGGAGUCGCGGAAGCAUGCCGCCACGCAAGGCAUGUUUGAGCCGUCGCUGCCGUCCACGACAAUGUCCAAUCUAUCGCACGUCGGUAUGCCGCAGCAGGGCGCCCUGUCCGCGAGCCAGAUUGCGGCCCAAGCUGCCGUCAUGUCCCAUCAAAACAUCACGCACAACCGCCAGCGGUCGCAAACCGUGCCAUUUCCGGGCGAGAGCAAUGACGGCCCGCGAAGAGGCAGCGGCAGCCGCAUCCCGACCAACCCACCCACGCUUAGCCUGACCGAGGCCAGCGCGCCGCGCGAUAGCGGCUUUGGCCCCCCAGGCGGACUGGGCAUCAGCACGGCAUCUUCCGCGGCCACUACUGCGGCCAAUGUCGUAUUUCCCAGGUCCGGGCAUAGCUCGCCCCGUGACGCCCAUUCGCCGCAGCCCGCCCUGCCUCUGCCACCGCCCAUACCCGCCGCGCUCGCGGACAAGCCGCUUUCGAAGUCGGAAAAGGCCAAGGCCAAGCUCUUCUCGCGGCCUGUCAAAAUGAGCGCGGCCAAGUCCGACGGCAAAGACAAGGCGCUUCCGAGCCCCAGCAAGAUUGGGUCCGCCUUGUCGGCGCUCCAGCGCGGCAACUUUAGCACCACCAGCCUGGCCGAGUCGACGGCCCAUUCUCUGUACAGCUUGACAAACUCGUCCUCGGCCACGAUCCGGCCCGCGGACUCGGCCAAUGUGGAAGAAAAGGGCAAGGAGAAACGGCACCACUUCCUCUCCCGGCAGAAACAAAAGCUCAAGGACGAGUAUCACCUGCCGUUAUCAUCCGCCGCCAGCAACUCGCGGCCCUCGGACCCCAGUGCGCCAAGCAGUCUAUACAACUUUCAUCUGCCCUCCAGUGUCGGCCUUUCGACGUCGGGCUUUUCCAAAGCAAGGAAGGAGAAGAAGUACGGCGAGCGGUCCGACAGUCGGCAAGACAAUGAAUCGUCGUUGAACCUUGCUGGUGACCUCACUGGUACGGUUCCGUUCCCGUCACUCUCGCAACAAAGCACCUUGUACGAUACGUCCGAGUCUGCGCGACUCGGCCUCAAGGCGCCCUCUUCUGUGGAUGAAGCUUGGCCGUACUUGAAAUCUCUCUUGGUUGUCGUAUUUCAGGGCGAAGAUUUGCGUUUGCCAGUGGAAGACAUUAACCGCAUCGUACAGAUGCACAUUCAAUACUGCAUCCAUAAGCGAUCGCCGCUGAGCAUGCUCGACGACUUGCGAGAGCUGUUCGCCAAGGGUUUCUCUACACUAGAUCACACGCUUCGCCAAGCGCCGGAAGACAGGUUCAUUCCGACGCUCGUUGAGUUGUGGCUUUUUACGUUCACGUCGAUCCUGCCCUAUCUGCAGGCUGUGUUUGUGCCGCUCGAGCUCGAAGUGGCUGGUCGUGGCACCAUCCUCACCUAUGAGCAAGCUCGCGACUUUUGGGGCUCACUAUCCGCAACCACAGAUCAGACUGCGAAGCCAACACCAGCAACCGUCAUCUUUGACAUACGAAGACUGGUUCUCGCUGCCUACCGCGAUAAUGUCAUACUGCCGCGCUACGAGACGCUCAAGAGCAUCUUUUCACGCCUAUCCCUCGAAUUCCUACCCGCUUCCUUUGCCAACAUGGCCAUGUCGUCACCUUCAGACUCGGCCGCCAUGUCCGCCUCGCCGCCCGAAUAUUUCCCGCCCCUGAUGCGUCCCGGCACCGCCAUGUCGCACGAGCUGUCGGUGGGCUCCUACAACUCCAACGGCACGACGCUCCUGGGCGACGACCGCGGCUCCGCGUCGGGCGGACGCAGCCGCGCCGUCAGCAACGUCUCCUACGGCAGCAGCGGCAGCGGGGGCGGUGCCGCGCAACACGGCGGCCUGCGGCCGUUUACCCCGUCGUCGAGCGCUGCGCAACAGCCGGUGCUCAGCAGCGUGCGCGAGCAAAACGUCGAGGACUCGAAGCAGGUGACGGACAUGGUCGGCCGCAUGCUGCAGUGCAUGAGCGUGCUGGCCAGCCUGGUCGGGGCCGGCGGCGACGACGACGUCGCCGAGGCUGACGCCGAUAGGAAAAUGGCGGAGCUGUGCCGUAUGCUCAAGCUCAACUGGCUGGGCCGCGGCCGCACUGGCAGGAACAGGCGUGGCAUCGUGGGCGGACGCGUGCGCAGGGACGAGGUUAGAGAGGAGCUGCGCGUUGCGUGA